UUCUUUUUCAGUUUUGUAGAUCUUUCGUCUUCUCUUUCUAAAGAUCGUCAAUCUCUCUCAAUCUCUCUUCUAUCUUCUCCUUAUGACAAUCUUUUGCUUCUAUCAAUCCUUUAUUUUUUUGGUUUUAACAGAUUGAUAAAGUUCAUGUGUUUCUCAUCAGUUUUACUUUCUAAUGGUGGUUGUGUGUUGGUUUCUUCUGUAGAGAAAGGAAGUCGACGAACUAAACAACGUCUUGCAACCGAGCCUGUCUUCUCUUCACCGAUGCCGGAUCUGAAGAAGCUAUGGUGCGGAGAUGGUAGAAAAGCUAGCGGUGGUGGUGAAGGUAGAACCGAGCACGAAGAAGAAGAAGAGAGGCAGAGAAGGAGAGAAGACAGAGACGCGAGGGCUUGGUCGAAAACAGCGAAUGGAGGAGGAGGACGACGGUGAAUGGAAGAGGAGGACGGCGACGAUGAAUGGAGUAUAAGGUCAUGGCUGGAUGCAACGACGAAGGCCAUGGAAGAACACGACGACGAAGGUCAUGAAGAACACGACGAAGACGAAGGUGGUGGUACGGCGGGUGAGGAUUGGAAGUGAUGAAGAAGACAACGAAGGUGGUGGUGGUGCGGCGGCGUUCAUGUGUAAUUAGGUUAAAGCUUAGUUUAGUUUUUGGUUUAUUAUUUAAUUAGAUUUUUUUUUUUGUAAACCAAUUUAAAUAAUAAAGAAAUUUUAAUCAUAUGAAUUAAUUUUAAAUUUUAAUUAUGUUUUUAAAAUAAUUAACUAAAAAUAAUUAUAAAAUAAAUAAUUUUAAUAUAAACAAUAACAAAAAAAUAUGCUAUUAAAGAAUGUUUAAUUGCAUAAAAAAACACUAUAAUAUAUGACAAUAAGAUAGCAACGCGAAAAACCGCUAUCUAAUGUGCAUAACCUACUAUGACGGGCGAUGAUACGACGCUUCAUAAACCGCUAUUGUAUCGUUAGAUAGCGUUUUUCGUCCGCUAAGAAAAGCUUUUUUUUCUUGUAGUGUUGGUGUAUAAUUUUAAUUAUUAUAUUGUUACAUCUAUUAUAAUUUAGUUUUGUUUGCUUGGAUUUUGGCAUAACAUAUUUAAUGUAAUGUACAAUUCUGUGAAUUUUGAAUUAUAUGGUUGAUAAUCAGAUUCUUUUAAAACAUAAAGAACUAAUAUCAAUGCUCAAAUUUUAAACGGAAGGUUUUUUUAUUUAACUAUUUAGAUGAAAAUAAUAAUAAAUAGUGAAAACAAAAAGGACUAAAAUAGUUGUGAAUAUAUAUAUUUUGGCCUAAAGUUAUGAAUAUUUUUCUAAAAUAGCAAAUAAGAACAAACCUGAUGACAAAAAAAACCUAUGAAUAUUUGUAACAUUACUAAAUAGAUAAAAUUUAUGAAUAUCAAUAUCAACGUAAUAAAAAAUAAAACUUAAUUCUAAAUAACAUAAUAAAUUAAUAGAAUUAAAAUUUAAAUGUCAAAAUAUAUAUUUUGUGUCACCUACAUUUAUAUACCAAAUAAUAUUUAUAUUAUAGAGUUUACAUAUAACUAUAUUAAUAUACAUUUAAUAUAAUGAAUCGAAUUUUAAAAUUUUCAAUUUAUUUGGUUUAAUCACUGUAUAACCAAACCAUAUAUACACGUCUACUACAAUUUCUAAAACUAUAAUCAUGUUCGGUAUUAUCAUAAUCAAACCAUAUUUUCUAUUUCGGUUUAGUUUGGUUUGGUUUUGCAUAUUCUCCAUGUCAAAAAACCGUAAUUCGUCGGUGACAAUGCACGCUUGCACUUCCCAUAAGCACCCAAGCCCUAAGCUAGGUCAACCUAUCCUCACUACCACUACUAGGAACCCUUCUCUAUAAGUAGAAACCCUCCUGAGAUCUCUUCUUUCCUCAUAUACACACCACAUUAACUACUUCACAAUUGCUUCUCUCUCUCCCUUUCUAUUAUCUUUCUAUAUAUAGAAACUAGGUGCAAUAAAUUUGUCAUUUUAAUGGCUAAGUUAAGCUUCUCCUUUUCCUUCGUCUUGUUUCUUCUGCUAGCUUCAGUUGUCACCGGAAGCCGCCCUCUAGAGAAGACUCCCGUCGGGGUGAAGGUAAGAGAGUUAAGCACAUCUAGUGAGGCGACCACCUCAACUGUAGCAGAUGAUCAAGCUACAGGGGGCAGUGGCAGCCAGGAAAAAACUCCGGAGAGGUUAAGCCCAGGAGGAUCCGACCCGCAGCAUCAUUAGGGUUACCUUGAUAAUUGAGAGUUGCUCUCAAUUUCUUCCACAUAUGAAUUUCUUAUUAUCAAUAAAUUGGUUGCAAUAAAUCUGUUUUUCUUUUGUGAUAAGAUUAUGAAUACGCGUUUGUAAGAUCAUUACAAAGGUAUAACAGUUUUCUUGAUACAUCA